AUGUCCGCCCCAGUCCCAAAAAUAGAAUUCGCCCGCCCAACGGCACCCCCACCACCUUUCCAACCACAGGACAAGGACAACGUCCAAGGAGAGAGCGCAGCAUCAGCACGUUUCUCUCUUAAGGGAAAAGUGGCUAUUGUAACCGGCGGCUCCGGCGGUCUCGGCCUCGAAACCUGCCGCGCGCUCCUCGAGCACAGUGUAGCGGCAGUCGUGCUACUAGACAUAAACGCCACCAUCGGCGAGGCCGCAGCAGAAGUUCUACGCAACAACUAUCCAACAGGCACCGCGACCUUCGCCGCAGUCGACGUGACAAACACAGAAGCCGUGACCACGGCUGUCAAUGCGGUGGUGAAAGUGUGGGGUGGUGUGGAUAUACUUGUUGCGUUUGCGGGUAUUGUGAAGUCUGAAGAUGCGCUUGAUAUGAGUCAGGCUGCGUGGAAGAGGGUGCUGGAUGUUAAUCUGACGGGGUCGUUUAUUUGUGCGCAGGCGGCUGCUAAGGCGAUGGAAGCGGGUGGUCGUGGGGGGUCGAUAGUGCUCAUUGCAUCGAUCUCCGGCCAUGCAGCGAACUUCCCGCAGCCGCAUGUCAACUACAAUGUCUCCAAGGCCGGCGUGCUAAUGAUGGUCAAGAGCCUAGCGGCGGAGUGGGGGCGCUAUGGCAUCAGGGUAAACUCAAUUUCGCCAGGAUAUAUGAAUACUGUGUUGAAUGAAGGAGACGGGCUAAAUGACCAUCGGAAAAUAUGGAUUGAGAGGACGCCGUUGGGUAGAAUCGGGGGUGUUGAUGAGUUGAACGGUACUGUAAUUUUGCUUUGUAGUGAUGCUGGAAAGUUUAUCACCGGGACAGAUAUCAAGGUUGAUGGUGGAAUUUCGGCCUCAAUUUAG